UUGGACUCGGUGGGGAAGAACCCGGAUGUGCCUGGGUAGCUGUGUUGGCAGUCGGGGCUCUGAGAUUUGGGCGUUCUGGGGGUGCUGGUAGCGGGGGCACAUGGCGCAGGGUUGGGCUGGCUUCUCUGAGGAGGAGCUGAGGAGGCUAAAGCAGACUAAAGAUCGAUUUGAAUCACAGCGGCGUCUCCCAGUGAAGAAAAGUCGACAACAACUUCAGCGAGAAAAAGCCCUUCUAGAGCAAAGCCAAAAACUUGGGUUACAAGAUGGGUUCACCUCAGUACAUCCAGAACAGUUGCUUUCUGCACCUGAAAAGAGAUUUAACACUCAAAAACCACAUCUUUCUUCCCAUACUCUUCCUAGUCCUCUUACUCCAACUUCUCCUGUUGGUGAUGGAAAACCACAGGGUAUGGAAAGUCAACCAAAGGAACCAGGACUCAAGAAUUCCCAUGAUGAUCACAAAAAUGUUGAAGUUCUAUCUCCAAAGCCAGAUUGCAAAUUGGAGAAAAAGAAAGUGGAAUUGUUAGCAAGAAAAAUCCCGUUGGGAAGUCCUCCAACAAGAACAACGACUAAUGGAAGAGAAAAAUAAACGUAAGAAAGCUCUUUUGGCUAAAGCUAUUGCAGAAAGAUCCAAAAGAACUCAGGCAGAGACAAUAAAACUAAAGCGGAUCCAGAAGGAGUUACAGGCUUUAGAUGACAUGGUGUCAGCUGACAUUGGAAUCCUCAGGAACCGGAUCGAUCAGGCCAGCCUAGACUAUUCAUAUGCUCGGAAGCGAUUUGACAGGGCUGAAACAGAGUACAUUACAGCAAAGCUAGAUUUACAGCGCAAGACUGAGAUAAAAGAGCAACUCACUGAACAUCUUUGUACAAUCAUACAGGAAAAUGAGCUCCGAAAGGCCAAGAAGUUGGAGGAGUUGAUGCAACAGUUGGAUGUACAAGCUGAUGAGGAGUCUUUGGAGCUUGAAAUGGAGGUGGAAAGAUUGCUGCGUGAACAAGAAGCAGAUGCAGGGAAACAAAUAGUUGAUUUAGAGAGGCCAUUUCAGCCUGCUGGGGAGAAUGUGACAUUAGGAUUUGCUAAAGAGGACAAAAAACAUCAAGAACAAGCUAUUUCCCCAAAGGUAGACAAACAGUGCGCAAAUUCCAAUAACGUCCCCCUUCUUAGUACAGCAGGCCCAAAUCAAAAAGUUAAUGACAUUUCAGCUGCUCUGGGCACAUGAAGUGCUAGUGUUCUUUUCAACUAAUAUGGUAUUCAGAGAGGAUAAUUUCUGCAGUAGAGUAUCCCCUGAACUCUGAUAAAUGCCUCUUUAAAACAA